AGGAAAGAAGCAUGGCCGCUGUGUUGAGAGGGUCUCGGUACCUAGUUGGAAGGUUUUACAAGAAUGUUGACUUUGCAUUUGUCUCCACAAGGUCCAUGGCCUCGAAGACACAGGUGGGGUUUAUUGGUCUGGGCAAUAUGGGAAACCCAAUGGCAAAGAACUUGUUGAAGCACGGAUACCCAGUCAUUGCCACUGAUGUGUUCCCAGAGUCAUGCAAAGAAGUGCAAGAGCUGGGUGCUCAGAUUGUGGAUAAUCCUGCUGAGGUAGCAGACAAGGCAGACCGCAUUAUCACCAUGCUUCCUUCUAGUCCCAAUGUCAUAGAUGCGUACACUGGACCCAACGGCAUUCUAAAAAAAGUGAAGAAAGGCUCCCUACUUAUCGACUCCAGCACAAUCGACCCCGCUGUUUCAAAAGAGAUGGCUGCUGCUGCUGAGAAGACGGGAGCAGUUUUUAUGGAUGCACCUGUGUCAGGAGGUGUGGGUGCUGCCAGUUCGGGUAAGCUGACUUUUAUGGUAGGAGGAGCAGAGGAAGAAUUUACUGCAGCCAAAGAACUUCUCAGCUGCAUGGGAGCCAAUGUGGUGUACUGUGGUCAAGUUGGAACAGGACAGGCUGCCAAAAUCUGUAACAACAUGCUCCUUGCCAUUGGAAUGAUUGGGACAUCAGAGACAAUGAACUUGGGAAUUAGACUUGGUCUUGAUCCGAAACUGUUGGCUCAGAUCCUGAACAUGAGUUCGGGCCGUUGUUGGUCUAGUGACACCUACAACCCUGUGCCUGGCGUGAUGGAGGGAGUCCCCUCUGGGAAUAACUACCAGGGAGGUUUUGGCACUCAGCUGAUGGCAAAGGAUCUAGGCCUCGCACAGAACACGGCCACCAACACAAAGACUCCUGUCCCUCUCGGCUCCUUGGCCCAUCAGAUCUACCGUAUGAUGUGUGCACGCGGUUAUGCCACUAAAGAUUUCUCCUCUGUAUUCCAGUUCUUGCGUGAGGAGGAGGGCCAGUAAUAUCAGCCUCCACCCGUCCAAAGCCUUGCCAGGCCUGGCCCUGCACAGGACUAACAUAGUGUAGUUAGGGUGCAUUUUGCCCCAAGGACAGUUUUUUCAGGGUUGUGAAAGACAAGAAGCCACAUGAGCUUCAACACAAUGUGACAGGUCAUGUGAGCACUCCUCUCCUGUUUGAAAUCAUGUUUCCUGUGUGAUCUAGCCUUUUUAAAAAUGCAACACUCCAUUCAGUUUUAGAAGCAGCUCGGAUACACAGAGCUGUCGAGUUAAGCCAACUCUACAGAUCUUACUACUUACAAUGCAAAGAAUAUGGUGGGAAUUUUUGGUUUUAAGCAGACAACUCAUUAGCUCUGUUUGUCAAAGCUAAACAGCUGCAAACACGGUGUAGUCUCCACAUAUUUAACUUUUGUUUGUGAUCUUUUUUGUAUGUUUUUUUUUUUCUGUUCACUUGGGUAAUUUCUCUGGACUUUGGAAAUGUUACUUUGGGAUAAGAGUGUCACAUCAUAUCCUGUUAGGAAAUAAAGACAAAUUGUUAUGU